AUCAUCGCAACACACUCAAUCAGUCUACUCUACAACUUCAAUCUCAAUCUCAAUCUCAAUCUCAAAUCUUCAACUUUUCAAACUCCCAAAACAACACAACAAUCAACAUGUCUGACGCCGGUCGCAAGGAUUUCUCCACCAAGGCCAAGGAGGAAAUCACUCCUGACUCCUCCAAGUCCACCCAGCAAAAGGUCAAGGAGACUGUCACCGACACCACCGACCGUCUCGCUCGUGGCGCCCAACCAGACGACAACAAGUCCACCACCCAGGAGGCUUUUGACAAGACCCAGCGCAGCCAUGACAACACUGCUCACGGCGGUGCUUCCAACUCUAUUGGUGACAAGAUCAAGGACACUCUUGGCAUGAACAAGUAGAGUGUCUCGCUCCAUCUACCAUCACAGUCGAUCCAGCCGGCAUGUUGCGGAGGACGUUUAAUUUUAUGACUUAUGAUUUGAUGUGAUGUCUUUCGGUUCGUUACGGUGUAUUAUCAACGAUACCACUUGCGAUAGCUAGCAAUAAAUCCAGUAUACCCUUAAACCUU